CCCCCGCCAACUCCGUUUUUUUCCAAUCCAUGGGCUGAUGUGGGCUCCCACCUCCCUUCGCCAAAAGACCCCCUCCCUCUCCCUAAGCAAAUCGAUCUUGUCUCUAUUUGUGGCUGAUGUCCGCCACCCCCAUUUCCCCAGAGAGCGUUGGAUUUGUUUAUUUCUUUAUUUAUUCCCGUGGCCCAGGCAUCUGAGACUUGUGGCUGCGCAGACCCGGGCGGGAGUGAUAGGCGAAGACGGAGAGGACUCAACGUCCCGCCGCUGCCCCCCAGUCGAGCGUGACAGCGCGCGGGCCGGUUGCGUGACUCGUGACGUCUCCAAGUCUUAUAGGUGCAGCGGCUGGUGAGAUAGUUGGUAUCGCCUGGUUGCCUCUUUAUUUUAUUGGGAUAUGCCUGGUAAUAAACAGUAGUAUUUAAUUUGUCGAAGACCACAAACCAACUUCGAGCUGGGAGGUACACACUACUCUUGAAAGACGCUGGAAGAAGGCUUGGCCUAAAAGGGGUCUCUUUUGGGGGGUCCUUUCCAAACUCUUCAUCUGAACACACCCCUCCCAGCGAGGCGUUACUCUCGGCAUCUGCGCUGGAAAGAAGAGGUAGGAUUUUUGGAGAGCAGGACCCCGAGCGGUCACAGGGCCCCGGGCUCACCAUGGCCGACGCAGACGAGGGCUUUGGCCUGGCUCACACACCCCUGGAACCGGACUCCAAGGAUCUACCCUGUGACUCAAAACCCGAGAGCGCGCUAGGGGCCCCCAGCAAGUCCCCGUCGUCCCCGCAGGCCGCCUUCACCCAGCAGGGCAUGGAAGGGAUCAAGGUGUUUCUCCAUGAAAGAGAACUGUGGCUGAAAUUCCACGAAGUGGGCACGGAAAUGAUCAUAACCAAGGCUGGCAGGCGGAUGUUUCCCAGUUACAAAGUGAAGGUGACCGGCCUUAAUCCCAAAACGAAGUACAUUCUUCUUAUGGACAUCGUUCCCGCCGACGACCACAGAUACAAGUUCGCAGAUAAUAAAUGGUCUGUGACGGGCAAAGCGGAGCCCGCCAUGCCGGGCCGCCUCUACGUGCACCCGGACUCGCCGGCCACUGGGGCGCAUUGGAUGCGGCAGCUCGUCUCCUUCCAGAAACUCAAGCUCACCAACAACCACCUGGACCCAUUUGGGCAUAUUAUUCUAAAUUCCAUGCACAAAUACCAGCCAAGAUUACACAUCGUGAAAGCGGACGAAAAUAAUGGAUUUGGCUCAAAAAAUACUGCGUUCUGUACCCACGUCUUUCCUGAGACUGCGUUUAUUGCGGUGACUUCCUACCAGAACCACAAGAUCACCCAGUUAAAGAUUGAAAAUAAUCCCUUUGCCAAAGGAUUCCGGGGCAGCGAUGACAUGGAGCUGCAUAGAAUGUCGAGAAUGCAAAGUAAAGAAUAUCCCGUGGUUCCCAGGAGCACAGUGAGACAGAAAGUGGCCUCCAACCACAGUCCUUUCAGCAGUGAGCCUCGAGCUCUCUCCGCUUCGUCCAACUUGGGGUCCCAGUACCAGUGUGAGAAUGGUGUGUCUGGCCCCUCCCAGGACCUCCUACCCCCACCCAACCCGUACCCGCUGCCCCAGGAGCAUGGCCAGAUUUACCACUGCACCAAGAGGAAAGAUGAAGAAUGUUCCACCACAGACCAUCCCUACAAGAAGCCCUACAUGGAGACGUCGCCCAGUGAAGAGGACCCUUUCUACCGCUCCGGCUACCCCCAGCAGCAGGGCCUGGGUGCCUCAUAUAGGACAGAGUCAGCCCAGCGGCAGGCCUGCAUGUAUGCCAGCUCCGUGCCGCCCAGCGAGCCCGUGCCCAGCCUGGAGGACAUUAGCUGCAACGCCUGGCCCAGCAUGUCCUCGUACAGCAGCUGCACGGUCACCACCGUGCAGCCCAUGGACAGGCUACCCUAUCAGCACUUCUCUGCUCACUUCACCUCAGGGCCCCUGGUCCCCCGGCUGGCUGGCAUGGCGAACCAUGGCUCCCCGCAGCUCGGAGAGGGAAUGUUCCAGCACCAGACCUCCAUGGCCCACCAGCCUGUGGUCAGGCAGUGUGGGCCUCAGACUGGCCUCCAGUCCCCCGGCAGCCUUCAAGCGUCAGAGUUCCUGUACCCUCACGGCGUGCCAAGGACCCUGUCCCCGCAUCAGUACCACUCGGCCGUGCACGGAGUCGGCAUGGUUCCAGAGUGGAAUGACAGCAGCUAAGGCGAGGCCUACUCCUUCACUGCCAUUUCCAGAGGGAGGGGAGAGAGGGAGAGGGACAGUCGCAGGGAGAACCCCAAGGACGAGAUGUCUCAUUUCACCCCAUGUUCACGUCUGCACUUGAGAACCCCCCACCCUGCCCCAACACUGAUGUAAUCAGUCGCUUGAAACCACAAUUCAAAAAAUGUGACUUUGUUUUGUCUCAAGACUUAAAAAACCGCCAA